AUGUUAUUCCUGUCAUUGAUAUUCCUGUCUCAGUUCUUGAGUCUGCUUGCUGCUCCGAUGCCGUUGGCUGGACCUGCGGUAUUGGUGCAAGCUAAGCGGGCUGCUGUGUCCAAUCUCCGCCUACCCGAUGCUCUUCCCGCGCCUCCAGCUAUUGAAAGGCGUCACUUGGACGAGCGCAGAAGCAGAACAACGACUGUAGUCAAUUCAACGAGGGCUCCUUCAGCUGCCACUGCUACCUCCUGUCCCGCACCAGGAACUCCGCCAGUCAACGCUGCCGCAGGAGGAGAAACAGCCGAAAAAAUCAAUCUCAAUGGCACAUUUGGUCAGGCUGUAGCCUUACAGGGAGGUGAUAUCCAGACAGACGUCCUCUACCCACCAUCAGCAAUCGGAAGCCUCGAAAUCGAGUUCAAAAACCGAGAUGGCAGAACCCUCACGGUGAGGGAGAACAAGACUCCCGCUCCGCCUCCGACAGGCUUCGUCGCCCUUGAACCUUCGUCUUUUAUUGUGAGUUUGGCCGGAGGAACUCAGGGUCUCACUCUACAAAAGGUGGACUAUAUCUUCAAUGUCGCAAAUCCUACAGUUGUGGCCGCAAACAUUGCCCAGGCUCAAGUUGGCAAACUCUCUGCCGAUGGCUGCCAGUUUGUGAUCGACCCUGCUCUCGGCGAGCUUGAAUUCGAAGCUGAGGAAAAUGAGCUGUCGUUGACUGUUGCCGAUAUGAAUGGAGAGUGGGGAAUUUUCGUGUCAGCAGCGGCUGUUGCGUCGCAAGCAGCGGCGGAAGAGACACCAGCAGAAGAAGUGAACGUGAACGGUACUUUCGGAACUGCGAUCGCCGUCCCUGGUGGCAAUGUCAAGACUGAUAUCUUGUUCCCUGAGAGCGCUGCCGGAUCUUUAGAAGUUGAGUACAACGGCACGAAUGCCAACGCCAUCACUGUGACGCAGAACGCGAAUCCAGCCAGCCCACCCGCCGGGUUUCUCUUUGUUGACCGCACCACCUUCCAGGUCGCCACUGACGCCGCCACUAAUCCAGCCACCGAUAUUGUCAAAGUUGAUUACAUUUACAGCGAGCAAGUCAAAAGGCUUGUUGACGUCAACCAAGGUGUCAUUGGAAAACUGGAUCCCGCGACCAAUACCUUUAUCACUUCUGGCCUCGGUGAAUUUGAAGUCGAGUUGGACGAAAAUGAGUGGACGUUGACGGUCGAGGACCUCAACGGGGAGUGGGCGAUCUUGAUUCCGCAGGCUGCGCUGCUGGGGUGA